AUGUCAGAGCUGUGUCGCGUGGCUCCGUGGGAGGACCGUCACCGUCAGAGCACCUUGCUGCCCAGUACACUUGGCUCUCGCUGUCUUCGUAGUGAGAGGCGUCAUCCUCUGCGUCAGGCUGUAGCCGCUGAGAGAGUUAUCUUGGUACCUCUGAGGAUAGCCCCCGAACAGUCUUCCCCCAGGUGUUCCUGCCAGGGUCAGCUUUUGGCAGAAGCCAAAGCAAGACAUAGAGCCAGCCAGAGUCUGAAAUCAAGGUCUAAUGUUGAGGAAAGAGAAUUGACAAGAGCCAGGGCCCUGUAUGUGCCUGGUGGGGUUUCUGGCACUCCUGCAGGACUGAGGAUCGCUCACUGCCUGGGCCCUGAGUCUCGGCGGUUUCCUCCGCACAGCUAUUUUGGGAACAGGAACUCAGACGUUUGGGUGGAAGAGGACAAGCCCAGGGCCUGGAGGCAGGCCGGCCGAGGGGCGGGCCGGCGGCUCAGAGCGGAGGCAGCCCCCAGCGGCCUCCUCCGCACACAGGCACCAUCACGUGGCCCCGGGGGCUGCCGCUUGAAAGAGCCCCCAUUGUCCACGCUUCGGGUUUCAAAGAACCAGACUCAAGGAGGCGAGGCCUGA